AUGAGUUGGCGUGCGCCGUGCCCAUCACAAGGGCUUGACUUCGUGUGCUGUGCUGUCUCACCUUUGCUUGCGUGGGCGUGCUGUUUGCAGCCUUCCCACCCCGUCGCCUACUUUACCAUUGGCUCUGUGGAGUCUUUUGAGCGUAGCUUGGACGGUGCUCAGCGUGAGCUCGGUGCCCUGCCGUCACAAAUGGUUCCCGUUUCUUAUGUCUCCGAAACCAAUGUGGCGUACAUUUUAAAGUUUGCACCAACCCUGCUUGUGGUUGGCGUUAUGAUCUACUUUUUUCGCCGCGCCAGCAGCUCUAUGACCGGUGGCAUGGGUGCACCCGGUGGACGAAAUGGCAUCUUUGGCUUUGGCAAGAGCACUGCCAAGCAACUGAAUAAAGAAACCAACAUCAACAUUGGCUUUGAUAAUGUAGCUGGUUGCGAAGAAGCCAAGGUGGAAAUCAUGGAAUUUGUCAAUUUUCUGAAAAACCCGGAACAGUACGAACGCCUGGGUGCCAAAAUCCCAAAGGGUGCAAUUCUGUCGGGCCCGCCCGGUACUGGUAAAACACUUCUGGCCAAGGCCACGGCUGGUGAAGCUGACGUACCGUUUUACUCAAUCUCGGGUUCGGAGUUUUUGGAAAUGUUCGUGGGCGUUGGCCCUGCUCGCGUGCGAGACCUCUUUGCUGAAGCCCGCAAGAAUGCUCCCUGCAUCAUCUUCAUCGAUGAAAUUGAUGCCGUCGGUCGUGCUCGCUCCAAGUCGGGAGGCUUUGGCGGUGGCAAUGAUGAGCGUGAGAAUACUCUGAACCAAAUGCUGGUCGAAAUGGACGGCAUGAACAGCUCCGACAGCGUUGUUGUUUUGGCCGGCACCAACCGCCCCGAUGUACUCGAUCCUGCCCUCCUUCGCCCUGGCCGUUUCGAUCGCCAGAUCACCAUUGACUUGCCCGACAUUAAGGGACGCCGUUCCAUCUUCAAUGUGCACCUCAAGCCAAUUUUGGCCUCGUUAGACAAGGCUGACCUUGCUAAGAAGCUCGCAACUUUGACUCCUGGCUUCUCAGGUGCUGACAUUGCCAACGUCUGCAACGAGGCUGCUCUGAUUGCAGCCCGCUACCUUGCCCCCGAGGUCACCCUGCAACAUUUUGAACAGGCCAUUGAGCGUGUCAUUGCCGGAUUGGAAAAGAAAACACGUGUGCUCUCCCAGGAGGAGAAGCGCACCGUUGCGUAUCACGAGGCCGGGCACGCCGUGUGUGGUUGGUACCUUGAGCAUGCCGACCCGCUGCUCAAGGUGUCCAUCAUUCCGCGGGGCUCGGCUGCGCUGGGCUAUGCACAAUACCUCCCUCAAGAACGUUUUCUGUUCUCAACACAACAGCUCUUGGACCGCAUGUGCAUGAUGCUGGGCGGACGAGUGUCGGAGCAAAUCUUCUUUGAGCGCAUUACGACGGGCGCGCAGGAUGAUUUGCAAAAGGUCACACGUCUAGCAUAUUCACAGAUUGCCGUGUAUGGUAUGAACACCAAGGUAGGCAACCUCUCAUUCAAAAUGCCAGAUGACAACGAGCCCGCCUUUGAUAAGCCUUACUCAGAAGCCACGGCCCAAAUGAUCGACGAGGAAGCCCGCAACCUUGUGCAGACGGCAUUUACGCGAACGUUGGAGCUUUUGACCGAGAAACGCGAUGCCGUUGAGAAGGUGGCACAGCUUCUUUUGGACCGUGAGGUCUUGAGCCGACAGGACAUGGUGGACCUUCUGGGCACGCGGCCUUUCAAAGAAAAACAUGACUACGAUCAGUUUAUGGAGGAUGCUGGCAGCGACGACCAAGAAGUGCAGCUGCCUCCCGGCCUUCGCAAUCUCGAGCGCGAGAGCGCCCAAAAAAGGCACGAUCGUGAUGCAGACUCGGAGAGCAAGGCAUCGACACACGACCAGCCUCCGCGGGCAUGA